AUUCAAAAGAAGAAGAAGAAGAGGAGCCACUGACGUUAUCCACUCCAGUGAGGAGGGAUUUCACUUGCCUCAGGACCUCUGCGUAUUUUGUGUAAUUAGCUGACAGUUACAGACUGAAACUCCAUCCAGACAAAAUCCAAAUGGACCUAACGGAGCAGAUCAACCAACUGGAGGCAGACUUGCAGGAGCUAGGCGCCUUCUUGGAGAAGGCAGAAAGGGAGCGAGUGAAGGAAGCCCUGAGGCAGGAGCAGAAGAAGGUGGAGAAGGAGAUUGCAUCCAAACGGCAACAGAAAGAGCAGCAGGCCAGGAGAGAGGCAGACCCAACUGCAUCUUCAAAAGCAGCAUACACAGUCAAAAUCACUAACUAUGGUUGGGACCAGUCAGAGAAAUUUGUCAAAAUCUACCUUACACUGAAGGGGGUGCACAAGAUUCCAUCAGAAAAUGUGGAGGUCAACUUUACUGACAGGUCAUUUUCUGUGCUGGUAAAGGAUCUAGACGGCAAGAACCAUCAGAUGUCAAUUAUCAAUCUGCUCAACCCAAUCGAUGUAAAGGACAGCUAUAAAAAGAUAAAGACAGACAUGGUCCUGAUCAUGUGCAAGAAGAAGACAGCCAAGAAAUGGGAGUGCCUAACACAGGUGGAAAAGCAAUCUAAAGAGAAAGAUAAACCUGCCAUGGAUGAGAACGCAGAUCCCAGCGAAGGCCUGAUGAGCAUGCUGAAGAAGAUUUACUCAGAGGGGGAUGAUGAGAUGAAGAGAACCAUCAACAAGGCCUGGACAGAGUCCCAGGAGAAGAAAAUGAAAGGAGAGGACAUGAUGGACUUUUGAGCUGCAUGAUUUCACCCUCUCUCCCUCCCGGCCCUGAGUCAAGGAGGAGCAGGACUAAGUGAGGCCUGCCAGGGCUGCAGCUGCAGUGACUGCAAGAAUAUCUUAUUGUCUGAAACUUAUAGUCCAAUAUACAAGUCAUACAUCUCUCCACAACAUGUAGAUGAAACACAGAAAUGAAGUGCUGGUUAUAAACUGUGUGGCAUGAAUAACAACUAAGCCCUAGAAGGCCCCACUAGCCCUGCUUUGAAAACAAGGUUACUCAAUGUCAUGACAUGGGGGACUAAAUAAUGACAAGGAAACUGCAUAUUCAUGAUUAAAACUGAACCUGGGUAGUUUAAGAGAAAAGAAAAUGUGAGACAUGGAUCUGAGAAGUACUGUUUUAAAUGUCUCCCAAUUGAGAGUUAAGUGCAGCUCAUUUAAAUCCAUAACUAAGUUUUCAGAAAUACAUUUGCCAAAGUCAGACACAAAAUCCUAUAAUGAAGACAACCAUGUGGCCUCCACCUUCCAUCUGCUUGUGAAAUGGAAAAUACAUUCAUACAGCAGCUUAUCUACUCUCCACCUGCCAAUUGUAAUUAUUUUUUGAUUGUGUACAGUUCCUUUAUCAUUCCAUUGUCAUUACAUAAUUAGCUGGAGAGCUCUUUAGAUAAAGUGAGACAUUGCAGAGGCAUUACUGCUUUUGCGUCAUUCCAAAGUAAUAGUCCAACUUGGAUGAAAACAUCCAAGACAUGGGGAUACAUUUCUGCAUAUGGGCUUGUGGUUGUUAAGAUGUGAUGUAAUUUACUCAUGUACAUGCUACAUUUGUUAGAAUGGAAGAAGUGUUUCAGUCCUAAAUGCAGAAUUACAUGGCUGUAACCCAGUUGUUGCAUUUUUAUAUCAAGUAUUGCACUCUGCUCAAGUUGUGAUUUUUAUUUUUCUUUAUUGAUAUCAAUUGGGUGAUAUUUGUUUCUGUUUGUUUGUUUAACAUGAACCAUACUUGGUUGUUCACUCUCAGGUUGUUUGUGUGAUCAUAAAUCAUAAACAGAUCUCGUCAUUGGC